AUGCGUCUAGAGCUGAAAUUAAUACAUAUUAAUGAUGAUUGUCUAUCUUACUCCCGAAAACACUACAUUGUACUCAGUGGUUUGAGAGGAGCAGCUUCAUUGCAAUCGUCAGGUUCAAUCAGCCUCUCCUUCAUCAGUUAGUUCUUAGUCUGAGUUCAAGAGGUCAGAUCCUUGAUCAUUGCCUUGCUUCGGACUUUGGGAUCGCUUUGCCCUACCGGUACAGUAUGUAGUACGGCAGGUUGCUUCGGGUCCGUCUAGUCCUCUCACGUGACAUUGUAGUCUGGCUAGCUAGCCAAAAGGUACUAGCUAGCUUCUAGUAGUACAUCGCCGUAGUCCUCAUCAUGGUUGGGUUACGGUACAAAAUGUACGUACGUCCUACAAGUAAAAUAAAUAUCGAAUAAGGCGCCUGCAAGACCAGGCAUUCGUGCCAUGCCUAAGUCUUGUGGGAGUUUUAAAAAACAGUGGAGUCGCACCUCACUUUAUUGCUUGGGCCUUCUCUUGCUCUUCUUGUUGGUACAGUCGCUUCUGAGCUUCUUUGAGGUUGCUUGCCAUUUUGCCAUAGUUUCCUACCGUACUCAUACAGUACUAGCUAGCUAGUCUCCAUUACUGGACUUACCACCCGGAGAAACUCUUUGAAAACGGCACCAUGAUGAAGGAUGAGACGGCAAUAGAACCCAAAAAUGUGAUUGUAACGGUCGAAAAUGCAGAUGGGGAUCCAGAAACGCAACUGGAGAAGAACCAGGAGAUAGAGUUAGUGGACGCCACAGAAAAGACAUUGGCGAUUGAAGAUGGAAGCCACAGCAUGGGCAAUGCUGGUCCCUUUAGCACCAGUGGCGAGGAAGAAGAAGAGGAAGAAGAAGAAGAGCCGAAGCGUAAUCCUUGGUACCAGCAUCCCAGAAUUGUGGAACUCUACCGAAAAGCAGACUGGUGGACUCUCUGGAUUGGACUGGCUUCGUUUGGAUUGGCUGUCGCUUUGGUCUUUGCCAUUCCUCUCGAAGGUCGCGUCAAGUAUGUCGUUCCUCAACCGAAGACGUGGCAUACCAACCCAUUCGAUGCGUGGGAUCUCUACAAUCUUAUUGGUAUUCCCUUGCUCCUGUUGGCUUUCCUCGUCUUUUAUCUGGUCUCUCUUAAAGCCAUGGGAAAGCUGGAUGGUCACAUGACUGCCUAUGUUGGUGGCUAUUUCGUCAUGGCUCUCAUUGGAACCAUUGCUUUCUGGCUUGGUCGGAAUCAGUGGUGUAGUGAACACGGACUUGGGUAUGCUGUCUUUGCGAUCCUGUUGGGCAUGAUUGUCAGCAACUUGACUGUCCUCGUGGGCAAAGAAGAGUCCAUUGAAUGGCUUCAGAAGAAGGCAGCCAAAGAUGGAGAGUACUUUAUCAAGUGCAGUUUAGUACUUCUGGCGGUCGAGUUGACGGUUUUGGCGGAAGUCGGUGGUCCAGCCAUGAUAGUAUCUUGGGUUGGAUCACCAGUGGCAAUCAUUGCUGGAUUUUUCAUUGGCACUCGCGUGUUUGGCUGCAAGGACACGCUGGCAAUGCUGAUCGCAGUCGGAGCUUCUUGGUGUGGAGCUUCCGCCAUUAGUGCUGUGGCACCUGUGGUACUUGCCUCCAGCGAAGAUGUGGCUCUGGCAAUCAGUGUUGUUGCCUUUUUCACCGUUAUCUUCACCUUUGUUCAACCUUAUGUUGCCAUCGCGGUUGGCAUGCCGGACGAUGUGGCCGGUGCCUGGAUUGGAGGAUCCGUUGAUCAAACUGGUAAUGUGGUGGUGUCAGCAGCGAUUAUAUCUGAUGAAGCCGCAGAGGUUGCAGGGAUUGUCAAAAUGGUACUGAAUGCUGGCAUGGGAGUGAUGGCAAGUGUGAUUUCGUGCUAUUGGAGUGCUUUCCGCGUGUCUCCCGACGAAAGCGGUAAGGAGCCACCCAAGUUUAGCAUUGUCAUGCUUUGGGACAAGUUUCCAAAGUUCACUCUAGGGUUCAUCAUCACUUCUGUGAUCUUGACUUGCAUGAUGCAAGAGCUGGAUGGUACGUUGGAGGGAGAUGCACUGCCGCGAGCAGUGUCCACACUUAACAAAUGGUGGUUUGCCAUUGCGUUUGUGGGUAUUGGGCUUACCACCAACGUCAAAAAGCUGUUCCAAGAGGCAUGGAGGAGUGGCAUCAUUCAAGUCUACCUCGUUGCAAACACAAUUGAUAUCUUCAUGGCAUUGGGUUUGUCGUACUUGGCCUACAGGGUUGUGGAGUAGCUGGAGGCCUACCAGGUCAGACAUCUCAGGGGACCUUUUGUGAAUCUAGUACCGCGAGGGCUCCGCAUCCUUACUUCGUUUUGGCUUGGUAGAGUUAAAGACCAACCUCCCAGAUGUACUAAAACAUGCAACUAGCUAGCAAGUGUUACAAUUAUGUUGUCAGCGACAUGUUGGACCAGCCAGCCCAAGUUGGCGAGCCGUGGUACAUCUGCAGGUCAUGCAUAACUCCCAGCUUACCUGAAGUAUCGCGAUGACAAAUAGAUGAUACCAAUAGGGUGUCAAGUACCUGUUACCUAGCUACCUCAGGCAGUGAUAUUAGGACGCACCGUACAGUAGCAUAGCUUCCUUUGUUGUGGUGUAUGCCAGCAGCUGACUGUGUUUCUUCCUGCAUGCGGAUUGGCCUACCGGCAUCGUUCUUUAGCGAUGCCAAGUCUUCGUUCUGGAACAAUGUUUCUUUGAACAUGCACUGCUUCACAACUCUGACCAUGUCAAACACCACCAGUAUCUGGUACUCUCUCUACAACUCAUCCUUUCCAGAGGAGGCAGCUGCUUGUUUUUGCAGUUCAUUCCAUAUAAAUCGUAGUUCCUUUUCCCAAGCAUCUUUGUCGCUCUUGUAGAGUGCUGCAUCGUUCGCAGAGAGCUGUCCCGAUUGAAUCACGGCCUCCAAGAUCAAAUCUUGUUUUUCCCAUAUGGUUUCCCAGUUGGAUUUUCCCAGCAACUUGAGUGCGUCUUGAGUGGCCGCGGCAACUUCAUCCUCGGAAACCAUUUCCUUCAGCGAAGACUGAAUGUCGGACGUUUUGAGAUUGGGAAUUUCUUUCAUGACGUCUCGAAUGGCCGAUAGCGUUUCCGGAUCAUCUCCCAACAUUUGAGUCAGCUCCUUCAUGGUUUCUUCCAUUUCUUCGGGUGACAUGCCCGCAAAGAUUUCCAUGGCAGCGAGAAGUUCU